GACAAGAAGUCUGUGCAGCUGCUACACGAAGAGACCUGUUUUUUGCAUAACUUGAAGGAUAUUUUGGAAACCAUGGCUUCUCAAACUCCAGUUCAAAGAGAUGUCAUUAUUGCGAUCGACUUCGGCACUACUUACAGUGGAUUUGGAUACGUUUUCCUGAACGCAUCUCAAGAUCAUAUCUACGUGUUUCAAAAGUGGGGAAGAGGACAAGGAAUGGGCUACGGAAAAACACCAACAGCUCUCCUCCUCACCGAGAAAGGCGAAUUCCAUAAGUUUGGCCAUGCAGCAGUAGAGACGUACGGGAAACAAGCGAUGUCAAAGAAGGAUUGUAGAAAGCUUUUGUAUUUCGAUAAAUUUAAACUUCUGCUCCAUUCCAAAAAGGACCUAAAUGAGAGAACAGAGGUAAAAGCCAGGAAUGGGAAAAAGUGGCUUGCCUUGGAUGUGUUUGCAAAGUGCCUUGAGUACCUGAAGAAAACUGCGACAGAUGUCGUUAACGAACGGCAUCUGCGGUCAGAAAAGGACAAUCCAAACACAGAAGUUAUGUACAAACCUGAACAGAUCCAAUGGGUGAUAACAAUUCCAGCAAUAUGGCGAAUUUCUGCCAAGGAAUUCAUGAGAAAAGCUGCCUAUAAGGCUGGGAUUGCUGGCCCGGAGGAUCCUGACCAACUCAUCCUUGCCCUUGAACCUGAAGCCGCUUCGUACUAUUGUAGAAAGUUGCCUUUCGAUAUGUUUAAGGGACAAAAGGGGAAAGAGCUGGUGAAGGACACUUUGGACAUGGAAAAAGUUCCAUACAUGGUGGUGGAUAAUGGAGGAGGAACUUUAGAUAUCACCGUUCACGAAGUUAAUGCUGAUGACGGACAUAUUAUGGAAAAACACUGUCCCUCUGGCGGUACCUUUGGUGGCAUUCAUGUUGACCGAGAAUUUGAGCAACUGAUGAUAAAAGCAUUUGGAGACGACUUCAUCAGAAGAUUUCAAGAACAAUUCCCGAAUGACUGGCAAGUCAUAAUGAACCGCUUUGAGGAACAGAAGAGGGCAGAAGAGGAAGUGGACAACGAUGAAAUUAGUAUCGCUCUCCCUUUAAACUUUAUAAAGUCUUGUCAUCACGACAUUGAAGAAGAUGAUGAUGCUAUCAAUGAGAGAAUUCGGCGAUCUUGUCCUGAAAAUGUGAGUGUUAGCAGCGACUAUUUGAACAUAACCAUGGGAAUGCUUGGCAACCUGCAUCGUCCAAUUGUGACCAAGAUUGCGGAGCAGAUGAAAAGCUUGCUCGCUAAGCAAAGUCUUCAAGAUGUGAAGACAAUUUUUCUCGUCGGUGGUUUUUCUGAAGCUCAGUUUUUAAGGAAGGAAAUUUCCCGCUGCUUUCCUGACAAACGCAUUCUUAUACCACCAGAUCCCCAACUCGCCAUUAUUCGUGGUGCUGUAGAGUUUGCCCAAGAACCGAGUUUACUUCGAGCCAGGGUCAUGGGUAAGACAUAUGGUUUAGAUAUCUGGUGUGCGUUCGAUCCUGACAAACAUCCGCCCGAGAAACGAGUUGUUUUUCGAGAGGAAGUGUACUGUCGUGACAUUUUUGAAACCCUAGCCAAGAAAGGGGAACGAAUAGACAUUGACGAGAAAAGAACGUACAAUUUUUGUCCCCUCAAUCCGGAUUCGACUGCAUUAUCUUUCGAGUUUUAUAGCACAGACGAAGAUGACGCUGACUUUAUCUCCGAUCCCGGAGUAGUAAGUGAAAACGUCGAAAUUUCAAUUUCCAGUCCUAAUACUGCUAAGGGAUGUGACCGAACAUUAAGGUUGGAGGUAAAGUUUGGCGGCACGGAAACCAACGUUCAAGUCGUCGAUGUUGAGUCAGGUAAUGUUAAAAUGGCAUGUCUUCAGUUUGUUUCCACAUCUGUGUUUCACUCCCGUUUUUAUUAGAACUAUGCUGAGUUGGACCCAUGUAGACCAUGAUAUCGACUUUAGUCGAAUGAACAAUGACUGGAUUAAGGCCGAAAUUUUAAUCAUCAAGGGAGGAGGCAAAAGUCAAUUUUCAAACUUUCAAACGGCGUGUGGCUUCAGCGUUGCCAUGUUGUGGAAGCGCUUAAAUCGUGAGCCAGAGGUC